CCUAACCCUAGCUUCCGGCGCCGCCUCUUCUUAAUCUGCCGCGUUCGUAGCUCCUCCGAGGGGAGGGGAGGAUGAAGGGGAUCGUGGAGCUAGUUCGAACCUUAACUUGGUCCUCCACCGGUGGCUUGGAGGAGAAGCCGUCGUCGUGCUCCCGGCGACGUCCGCGUCCUGGGUCACGACGUCCCUCCCAUGUCCUGCUCAACGUCGAAGACGUCGUCGGCAUCCACCGGAACCGCACCACCACCACAAUCUUCAACAGGAACGGGGCGAAGAUCCAGGGUCAACGUGGGGCGCAAAGGGUGCCACCUCAAUCUCAAGUACUACCACGAGUACUACGUCUACCGCGCUGACUCCGACUGGCCGUCGCUUGAUCAGCUGGAGAGCCCCCCCACCCCCGUCUUCCACAGGGAAGACGUCGGCCUCCUCCCUCGUCCGUACGGCCUUUACACCGUCGCGUCGCUGAUGGAUAUAGGCCGCGAUGACGUGUACGAGCUCCAGCUCUACCACUCCGACACCCAAACCUGGACCACCCGCCAGGUGUCUGUGGAGCCGCAACAGUGGGAUCCGUUACCCAAGAGGAUUCCCAAGUACUGCGGCUCGCUCCUACGCCAUUAUUCAUCCGCCGUGGUCACCAUCGGAGGCGAGGGUGGCACCAUGGCCUGGGUCGAUCUCUGGCGAAGCAUCUUGCUCUGCGACGUGCUCCGCCCCGACCCGUCCCUCCGCGGAGUGCCCAUCCCGCUGCCGUUGACGCAGAUGAGCCUCAACGACGGGUUGGGAGUCAAGCUAGACUUCGCAGCGCACAGCCGUGCCAUCUCCUUCAACAGACACAAGGGGUGCCUCAUGCUUGUGCACUUGGAACGGAAUGAGUCCCCUCAUCCUAUUCAUGCUGCUUCCAGGGGUCUUUGUGGGCAGGAUUUACAGGUUCUUGAUUGGGAGGUCACCACGUGGAGCAACAGCAAGAUGAGCCACUCCCUGGAGGAUUGGCACGAGGAACGCUGUGUCCGAGCUUCCAACAUCACCAUUGACGCACGGAUGCUGGAGGUAUCUGGGUUGCCGUGUAGACCACCACCACGAGAUCACAGCAACGACGAGGCCGCAGCACAAGCACAACAACAGCUAGAAUUCCACAACCUCAGCAUGUGUCAGCCCGCUCUCUGUCCAAAUGGUGAAGACGACGUGGUUUACUUAUUGGCCAGGGAGAAGUAUCUGCACCCCAAAGCAUGGUGUCUUGCUGUUGACAUGAAGAAUCAAGGUACACUGAAACAUGUGGCAUACAUUGGCAAUCAAGGUCAUCCCUUUUGUCAUCGCAUCUUCUGUCUUAGUAGAAUCUCCAAGUAUACCAAUCCCAAGAUGAGGUUAAUAGCUACUGAACCAGUGAAAUAUAGGAGGAUAAGAGCUUCUGUGGACAAACAAGAAUCCAACUAUCAAGCUGGUGCUGUGGAGUGAUGCCUGUUGUGCUGCAAUCAGAGGCGAAUCUUAGUGAGGCCGAUGCUCUCCCACUGCUUGCCAUGGACGAUUUAAUAAUAUUUUGUGAUGUUUUAUAGUGAUCUCAUCAUGUCACUGUGAAAUGUAUUUUGAGUUUCAAGGCUAGAGGACCUAUGCUUGUGGAUUUGAAGUUUUUUAUGUGUCUAACCAACUUGAAUAGGUUAAGCUUUGGAACAUCAUUUUGCUUGCUACACCAA